CGAGGUUUUGUGUCCGCCGUGGUGAGCAAGAUGCCAUGUCUUCGUUCUCGAUAGGAUGAUGUAGACUUUACUUGAAGUCUGAGAUCGCACAGAUUAAACUAUCGCAUUCUGAACACCCGAUCACACUUUUGAGGCUCGUGAAUUCCUUGCGGCUAUGGCUAGAUAUCCGCUUCAUCCUACAUUGAAGUAUGUGACAUUCUGACACACAGUGACACACUUAGCAACAGCCGUAGCCAUAACUGUAGCCGCGCUACUUCAGCAAGACCAAAAACCACCAUCACAGACUUGAAACUAAGUCUAUUUUGCAGCUGGCUAAAGGGGGAAUAGUCCCCAAGCCUUGACAUAAAGUAACCAGUGUGUUAUUUUGAAGGCAACCAGCCUAAUGAGAAAGUAAACAUACACAGCUCUGUGUUGUUGUAGGCGGAACCCUGUAGGUGUAAAUCUCACAGCUCAGAAGAGUUGCAGGAAUGUUGAAAAGCUUUUUGGAAUUUCAAUCAAAGAAGCUUCCAUUAAAACUACAAGAGGUAUGGCUGGAAAAGGAAACCUGUCGGCUGUGUUAAAAAGGAAGGGAGAGCUUGUGUUGGAGGAUACUGCAACACCCCUACCAGAGAAAAAUGAGGUCCAAAUCAAAAUGCAUGUAGUUGGUAUUUGUGGCUCAGACAUCCACUAUUUGCUCAAUGGCGGUAUUGGUGAUUUUAUAGUCAAAGCACCAAUGAUUCUUGGCCAUGAGGCAGCGGGUGUGGUCUCAGCUCUUGGAGAGGGAGUGACUACUCUGAAAGUUGGUGACCGUGUGGCUAUUGAGCCGGGUGUUCCUUGUAGGAUGUGUUCUUUCUGUAAGGAAGGACGUUACAAUCUCUGUCCGGACAUCAUCUUCUGUGCUAAUCCUCCAGUGAACGGUUCUCUGCGUCGUUUCUACUGCCACGAUGCAGACUACUGUUACAAGCUACCUGAUCAUGUAUCCCUGGAAGAGGGCGCCCUCUUGGAACCUCUUUCUGUCGGUGUUCACGCAUGUCGUAGAGCAGGCGUCAGACUUGGACACAAUGUUCUUAUCCUUGGGUCCGGACCUAUUGGAUUGUUGUCGUUGCUUAGUGCUAAGGCAAUGGGAGCCACUCGAAUUAUCAUCACCGAUUUGGACCAAGGUCGUCUUGACAUGGCGUUGAAGCUUGGUGCCCAUCAUGCAUUACGUGUGGAUACUCAAGAUCCUGAGGAGAUGGCACGUAGAGUUGAAGAAGCGUUGGGAUGUAAGCCGGACAUCAGCGUGGAGUGUAGUGGGGCAGAACCCAGCAUACAGACUGGUAUCUAUGCCACAAAAUCCGGUGGUGUUUUGGUGCUUGUUGGAUUAGGCCCACCUACUGUUAACAUUCCCAUCGUAAAUGCAGCUGUUAGAGAGGUGGAUAUUCGUGGCAUUUUCAGAUAUGCUAACUGCUACCCUCUGGCCCUUGAGAUGAUUGCAUCUGGUAAGGUGGAUGCCAAACCACUCAUUACUCAUCACUUCCCUCUGGAGAAGACACUGGACGCCUUUGAGACGUCUAGAACAGGAGCAGGAGGAGCUAUUAAAGUCAUGAUACACUGUGAUCAGUGAGAUGAGGGGUUACUAUGGCAGCAUCAUAAUCACAUAGAUGAUAACAUUAAAGAUGAGUGUAAGAUGAGGCGGAAAUAAGAAACUUUGAUCAGUAAGAUGAGGGGUUUCUAUGGCAACUCGAAGAGAACCAUGUUGAUCUUCUUCUUAUCCUGUCCACACACUGUUCAGCCAGAACUGAACACAGCUCCUAGCAAUAUCAUUGUACUCUGCAAGGUCCUCAGUUCUGCAUUGCACCAGUAGGGGGCAUCUCAGGAGGUGUUCCAUAGUUCGUGACUCCAUCCAACAUAUGCAGGUCACGUCUUCAGAGUCCAGAUAUCCCCACUUCUUGAGAGACACCCUGCACCGGCCAAAUGAUGUUCUAAGUCUGUUGAGGCACCUCUAUUCAGCCCGAGUUAAUUCAGCACCAGGGGGGAGCUCUUCUGAAGCAAUCAUGUCCAUGGAUGUUCUAGGUGGAAGUUUACCAAGUCUCUCAUCUCACAUGGCAGUUCGGAGAGCCACGGCUUCUGAACUUGAAUUGACUUUGUUGAGGGAAGCUUUUCCUGGAUUUUUUAGCAAGUUCAUGGCUGAAUAGAGGGUUUCGCUCAUCUAUAGUCUGGCGAUAGCGUUCUCUGCUGCAAGCCGCACUGCGUCGAACAUCAGGUGGCGCUAUACCAGAAAGUAUGUACAGGAUACUAGAAAGUAUGUUGAUAUCAUGAUUAGAUAAUGAUAAAUUUAGGAAAGGCUAAGUUUAAGGUUAGUGAGAUGGGUUACCAUGGCAACACAAAGGACCGUGGGUAACUAGUGCAGAUAAGGUCCAAAAGAUACUGUGGGGCUUGUCCAUGCAGAACUUUGACCAAGGAGAUAAAAUUAUAGGUCUGAAAUAUAAGGAGUUGCUACUGCAUGCUGGAAUAUUUGUUUGAUCAUUCAAAGUGAACUUUUUACUGAAAUUUACAGAAUUCUUUCUUGCCAAUUUGUUGUAUAAGAAUGGGAUGCUUUAGAAUGUUGAAAGGGUCAUGGCUUCAAAUCCCACCCGAGUGAUUUAACCAGUGGAUUUGUUUUCACCAAACUCAGGAAAGCGAUGAGUAUACAAUGCCUAAUACACAUUCAAGAACACCUACUUGCAAGAAUUUUGAUACUAAACUUGAUAUUAUAUACAUGAUAAAAAUUAUAUUUUACUACAGUAAUAACGCAAGUAGACAUUAAUAAAAUGAUUUUGAUCGGUAUGAUAGUAUUUUUGAAAAAUUGUAAAAGGAACAUUACAGAAAUGGUAUAAAAAUGUUUCUUAGAUCACAGAUUUAAACAAAA